AUAAAGCCCCGCGGGGCACCGUGCCCGGCCCACCGCCAUGGCCACGCUGCGCUUCGGGGAGCCCUUCCCGGCGGGGAGGUGGCCCCGUGAGGCGGCGGCGGGCGGUGUCGGCGGCGGGGGGCCCGGCUCGGGCUCGCCUCCCGUCACGGCGCUGCCCCGCGGGGCGGCGGAGCCGGCGGAGGGGGCGCCGGCGGCGCAGCGUCGGAAGCGGACGAGCUUCACGGCGGCGCAGCUGGAGACGCUGGAGUCGGUGUUCCAGGACACCAUGUACCCCGACAUCCACCUGCGGGAGAAGCUGGCCGACGCCACGCAGAUCCCCGAGUCCCGCAUCCAGGUCUGGUUCCAGAACCGCCGAGCCAAGUCCCGCCGCCAGCGGGGGCCGGCCCGCUCCGGCCCCGGUCCCAGCCCCGGCCCCCAGCCUCUGGGCUUCCCGCGGCCGCCCCACGCCGCCCCGCUCCGCUUCGCCGCCCCGCAGCAGCCGCUCCGCCCGUUGUGCGGCGCCGCCCGGCACCAGGAGGACGGCUGCGAGUGGCCGCCCGCCGCCGCCGCCUUCCCGCCCGGCGCCGACUUCGAGGGCUGCCCCCCGCGGCAGCACGGCGGGGCCGAGGGCGCCUUCCCGGGGCCGCCGCCGCCCGCCGGCCCCUACCCGCCCCCGCGCGGCCUCUGCGGGCGGUACUCGCCCCUCUCGGAGGCCGACGACAGCGGCGGCUUCUCCGAGCCGGGCUCGGAGUGGGAGGAGAACGCCCUCGGCGCCUUCCGAGCCGUCUGAGCGCCGCCCCGGGAGCCUCCCUCGGCCUGCUGGGACUUAACGCGACGCCGUCGUUGUCUGAGUGGAAAACGUGCCCUGCCCUGCCACUGUUGCACUUUAUUCCGGAGUGACAGACUUUACCUAUUUAUUUAAGGGAGAGAGGGGUCAGCUUCACCCGCCCAUGGCAUCUUUCUGCGUAUUGAACGUUUUCUGGUAGCACGUUUUCUAUUUCUAUUUAACCUUCCUUAGCCAAAAAGCUAACCAAAUCUGCUGUUUUGGGGGGCGGGGGCUGGUCUGUCGUUACUUUUUGAGAGGAAAAAAAAUAAAAAUUUACAUUUUUGCUCUAUGCUGCUUGUGAGCUGGGAAUGGUGUUCAUGCCUCUGGCAGGGUUUCUUACCUCGGAGGUGCUGGAAAUCCCUGUCACAGCCCAUCUUGUGCGGUCCUGGAGAGCUAUGGCUGCAGUUCAGAACAAGAGACCUAAUGGGACUGAAGGGCAGUUUAUGAGAAGUGUCUCAUCUCUGUGGUCAGUAUUCACUUU